AGGCGGGGCUCGAGGACCAGGAUCGCGGCAACUUCCGGUUCCCACCGGAAGCGACCCCGGAUCCCGGCUGGACCACCCGGGCCGCGACGUGGGGGCAGCGCGCAGCUCCGAGCCCCGACCGCUGAGGGCGGCGCGUGCGUGGCCGUCGGAGACAUGAACUACGCGCGGUUCGUCACGGCGGCGAGCGCGGCCAGGAAGCCUUCUCCCAUCCGCACCAUGACUGAUCUGUUGACCAGGGCACCAAAAUCGGUCAUUUCCUUGGCUACUGGAUCACCCAAUCCAAACCUGUUCCCCUUUAAGACAGCUGCCAUCACUGUGGAAGGUGGAAAGACCAUCCAGUUUGGGGAAGAGAUGAUGAAGAGAGCACUUCAGUAUUCUCAAAGUGCUGGAAUUCCAGAGCUUUUGUCCUGGCUAAAACAGUUACAAGUAAAAUUGCAUAACCCUCCCACCGUCCACUAUCCCCCCAGUCAAGGACAAAUGGACAUGUGUGUCACAACUGGCAGUCAAGAAGGUCUUUGUAAGGUGUUUGAAAUGAUCAUUAACCCUGGAGAUAAUAUCCUCGUAAAUGAACCUGUUUAUUCAGGAACACUUCAAGCUCUGCAGCCUCUGGGCUGCAACAUCAUGAACGUUGCCAGUGAUGAACACGGGAUUAUUCCAGACUCCCUCCGAGAAACACUUUCCCGAUGGAAGCCAGAAGAUUCAAGGAACCCCAAGAAAAACACCCCCAAAUUUCUUUAUACUGUCCCAAAUGGCAACAACCCCUCUGGAACCUCAUGGACAAGUGACCGCAAAAAGGAAAUCUAUGAGCUUGCAAGAAAAUAUGAUUUCCUCAUAAUAGAAGAUGAUCCGUACUAUUUUCUCCAGUUUAACAAGCCCUGGGCACCAACAUUUCUUUCCAUGGAUGUUGACGGGCGAGUCAUCAGAGCUGACUCUUUCUCCAAAGUGCUUUCUGCCGGGUUGAGAAUAGGGUUUUUAACUGGUCCAAAACCCUUGAUAAACAGAGUUGUUCUUCACACACAAGUGUCAACGUUGCACCCCAGCACUUUUAACCAGCUCAUGAUAUCACAGCUUCUACACCAGUGGGGAGAAGAGGGCUUCCUGGCUCACGUACACAGGGUUAUUGAUUUCUACAGGAACCAGAGAAAUGCAAUAUUGGCAGCUGCAGACAAGUGGUUGGGUGAUUUGGCAGAAUGGCAUGUUCCUACUGCUGGAAUGUUUUUAUGGAUUAAAAUUAAAGGCAUUUCUGAUGUAAAACAACUGAUUGAAGAAAAAGCCAUUAAGAAGGAGGUGUUAAUGCUUCCUGGAAAUGCUUUCUACGUCGAUAGCUCAGCUCCUAGGCCUUAUGUGAGACUGUCCUACUCUUCAGCAUCUGAAGCGCAGAUGGACGUGGCCUUGAAGAUACUAGCCCAGCUUAUAAAAGAAUCUUUAUGAAAAAAAAUCAAACUUGUCGUACUACUCAUGGAUUUUUCCAACAAAUUAUUUCCAUGUUUUAGCAGGAAGAAAUGGUCAUUGGAGUUAGACUUACAGAUUGGAUUUCCUCAAACAUGUCCUGUCUGUAGCAGUUCAACUAGACAAGUGUUAAAGUGCCUCUGAAUCUGUGAGACGGCCAUGAUGUGUUUAUAGAUACGAAGUUUGAUUGAUUUUCAGUCUGCACAAUACUGUUUUUAUCUUCGGUUUUAUUUCGAACAACCCUGUAGUUGCUUUAUAAUUUCCCUUAAAUUUUCUUUGAUACUAAUAUUUUAUACUACAUUAUUUUGAAAUUUUAAGAAAAUAAUUAAGUUCAAACUGGUAUAUAAUGGGUACAUUUUUAUUUUCAGAAAAAUUUAGUGAGACCAAAAUUGUUAUAAUUUGACCAUUAUAAAUGAUUUUUAUUAAGAGUACCAUAGGCAUUAUGUUAUGCCAUAGAAAUCCCUUUAAAAUAAAACUCUGAAGCUAAACAUACCUAAAGGCAUCAGACCUAUUAAUUCUAAGUAGGAAGGAGAGAUUAUGGAUUUAGGAAAAUUUACUACCUUAUAUUCUCCAAAUACUAUAAAAUUUCUAAAAACACAAUCUUACCAGUUAUGUAAUUUAAAUCUACAACAACUUUGGGGUAUUACAGUAUACUUUUUGAAUGAUUGUCUUUCUUGAUUUUUAAUAUCCGAUUUUUCCCAUCUGAUUACUAAAAUAAUACACGCUCAUCUUAGAAUUUUCAAACAAUCCAGAAAGCAAGAGGAUAAAGUAAAAGCCACUCACUAUCUUACCCGCAGCGAGGACGGCUGUCAGCGUUUGUCCUUCUGCCCUGUGGCGACUUUCUGUGCGCUGACGUCACACCUGCAAGAGCAGGACCUCGCUGCCAGUGUGUCCUACACACCCUGUGCUCGCUUCUCUCAGUGGAUGACAGAUUACCACAGGGUUCCAGGGUUCAGUAACUGCAAAGUCAUCAGUUCUUGUGAGGAGUUAGGAAGUUUAUGCCGUUGUUAUUUAUGCCAUCCCUUGUUUGUGCAAACAUGUCCAUCACAGUUGUAUUAUUUUCCCGCACAGCUGGAUGAGACGUUACGUCCUCCAACAGCUAAAGGUCUCCAGCGACAGUCUGGACCUCACAGGCCAAAACACCUGGCUCCAGGCCCAAAUCCCUCUUUCCAAGGCAGCUGCUGGCAGUUAUUUAGGAGAGAUGGGGGAGACGCAGGCCUGGAGGGGCCGAGCUGAGGAACCUGACGUUUCCAUUAACGGUGAGAAGGGGGACGUGUAAGUGAAGAGACUUAUAAAAGUAAAAUAAGCCUUUCACUUACUUUAUUCAAUAGUUUUCAGUAAUAACCAAAAUUGCCCAGCCCAGCACUAUAUAAAUGAGUGCCUUGCUUUGCUUUUUUUCCUUAAAGUCACGGUCAUAGACUAGUUGGUUUACAAUCUCCAGCUUUCAAGCAGGGGAUUACCCCUAACCACAAUCUAUAUAGGAAUCUGUUUUUUUCAGAGAAAACAGAGAGACUACUGAGUGUUCAUUUCUGUCCAGUGAGAUUGCCUUUCCCCCAUUAGAAAACUUUAAAGUGUUGGAAAAUUGGACCCUCGUUCAUUGCUAUUGCCACUGUGAAUUUUUCCAAUCUUUUGGAAAUGUUUUUUGGCAGUGUGUAUCCGGAAACACUAAAAUGUUUAUAUCCUGUAACACAGUGUGUUAGACGCUGUGAUUGGCUCACUCAGCAUGAAUUCUACUUCCCUGCAUGUGUCUUCGAGCACUGUAAAAGCUAAAUACCACAUUCACAGAUGCCCCUGCAGCUGCAAGUCCAGAUAGGAUGCAGGUUCUGUCCCUCAGCCGCCUGCGUUCAGAACUGGGUUCGGGGGGCAGCAAGGCACCCGUUCUGCUGGCACGGUCGUAGCUAAGGCAGUGUGACUUUUACAGCAAGCAGCUGCUUGCUUUGCUGGCUUUCUGAUUCUGGCAGAAGUAGGGAAAUGAUGGGGCUAGAAAUACUUCCUGGAAGCUCCAUCUAAUUUUUCAGCCAUUCCAGCAAUUCUGGAAACUACGGAAUACAUGAUAAUAUUUUUUUUCACCAGCUAGAGUAGUUUUCAUUAUCUGGAACUGAAUGCCAGUCAGGGUCGUGAGGUGUGUCAGGGGUCUCCACGACCACCCUCAGGCUUGAUGAGUCGCUCAGUGGACUCAGAUGUAAUUGUGCACAGAGCAGAGUCUGGAGGAAGCCAGGCACAGGCUUCCAAGAGUCCCCUCUAGUGGAGUCACACAUGUGCUUAAUUCCUUCAGCCACGAUGGGGACAACACAGGCGAAGUGUUGUCAACCAGAGCUCAGCUGAGUCUGGUUUCCAGGGUUUCUGUCGGGCGCCCGGCAGGUAUGGUGCGCACAGAGCCUGCGUGACUCACCUCCCUCAGUGCAGCCCCAGCCUGGGAGGGAAAGCAGGCCUUUGCCGUGAGCCAGGUUCGUGUAAACUGUCAGGGAAAGCUCGUGCAGAACACUCUUAUCAGUCAAACAUUCCAGGGCUCAGUUCCCAGGAGCCAGCCCAGGGCCGGGGAGGAAAACAGCCCUUUCUUGGGAAUGUGCAUUGUUUAAGCGACCCAGAUCUGUCCGGUGAGCCCUGUCCUCACUGAGGAGCCCACUCCUGAAUGUUUAUAGUAAAGAAUGGUGCAAGAUGUGGACACUAACAAAAGGUGGAGAUAGUAACUGUAGUUGAAAAUAGCAGGAAGCUGGGGUUGGGGUAGAGGUCUUGUGAAUAAAGGUCUCACAAUAGGAGAAUGAUUGUCAGUUAUGGUCCAUCCACUCCACUAAAUUGUGGGCAACCACUACACCACCGUUACAGAGCAGUAUUCAUUUGAUAAAGCAUUGGGGUAUACGGAAUAAAAAAUCAGGAUAUAGAAAAUAUAGACAUAGUCUAAUUACAGCUAUGUGAAAACAGAAAAUAUCUACCAAAAUGACAACAAUUAAAUAAUUUUUUUCUUUGAUUUCA